AUGAAGGCAGUUUUGGAAUAUUGGGUGCCCAAGAUUCGGGAGUUUGAGAGGGAGGACGAGAUGAUUGUCCGCAACGCUUUUGAGUUCAACGGUAUGGGAGUACCUAUCCAGAGCGUUCUUGUCACUGGAGAGCGGGUGCCAGCGGGUGAGGCCGGUGAUGCUCUAUAUCACUACAAGUUCCUUUGGAUCAUUGAACCCAUGGUGACCCCGACGCUCGGAGUUACUGGCAGUUACCCUUGUGCCCUGCGGCCGACAAUGAGUGGUCUAUCUCGGCUUCGUAAAGCCGAGAUUGUUUAUUACGAUGAGGAUGUCCAAGACAUGAAGCGGGCCAUGCAUGCGGAGUUCGAACAGAAUUCGAACGUCAAGUUCAUCAAAGAGUUUUUUUACUGCAAGGAUUGUCCGUCCAGACUAGACGAUCGGGUCCGACGAAAAUUGGAAGACGCCAACACCUUUGUGCCCGAUCCUGGCAAAGCUAUGACAGAACCUAUUCCCGAGGCCGACCGGGUCGCCAAAGACGUCUCAGAGUGGUCUCAAAGCAUUUUGCGGCAUUGGACUCAGUUGAAUUGGUUCAUAAGAUACCAUGAGCAGACAAUUAGAAGUCGUUGGUGUAAGAGAACACACAAGCGGCGCAAGCUUCUGCUCUUGAAGGUUUGGCCCAAUAUGCCUCUUUCUCGCCGACCGGACAUCUCGGCGGACCGUCAACGUCAAAGUUCUCGUGGAGUUCUAUGCGAGAGAGCGGCAUUUCUGUGGCAACCUAUCAACCUGGAGGCAUUAGUCGCUGAGACGCCGCUUCUGGUUUUCCUCAAUGCUCGUGGCCGCCAUCCACCUCAUUCCUUCAUCGCUGCCGAUUGCGCCUGGGCGGGAUUUGGGGUUAAAACAGGGAAUAUCCAUAAAGUUACCCUCGAUGAUUAUGAUCUUGUCUUUGCGAAUGGGACUGAAAAUGGAUACGGAAAACUCUCCCUGGCGACGGGCUUCUUGGUCUAG